GGGGAAUAACCGGUCAUGGUUCCGAUUGGUGGUUCGGUGUCGAGAGCAACGGUUAAAACGGACUGCGAAUUGCAAAAAUGUAUCAGUCAACGUUCAGUUCACAUCCGAACAAGUCCAACACUAUCUACAACAUUCAAAAUGACAGGACGCGGCAAAGGUGGAAAAGGUCUUGGCAAAGGAGGCGCUAAACGUCAUCGUAAAGUGUUGCGUGACAACAUCCAGGGAAUAACCAAGCCUGCCAUUCGUCGGUUAGCUCGCCGUGGAGGAGUGAAACGUAUCUCCGGCUUGAUUUACGAAGAGACGCGUGGUGUGUUGAAGGUGUUCCUGGAAAACGUAAUCCGCGACGCCGUUACGUACACCGAACACGCCAAGAGGAAGACGGUCACCGCCAUGGACGUAGUGUAUGCGCUGAAACGACAAGGUCGUACCCUUUACGGUUUCGGAGGUUAAAUACUGAAACAGUACUUACUUUUGAAGUUUACAAACAUCUUAAAAAGGCCCUUUUCAG